AAUGGACUGCACUUUAGAGCCACAUCCGCAACUGCCGAACAACUGGAGAGUGCAUUCAUGCAUCAGCUCACGGAAAAAAUGCAGAGAAUGGCACCUAACUUGUGGCAUCUAUUCUUCGCGCUACUCAACAGCACACUUCAGCAGUGGCGAGCUAUGGGCAGGAAUGUGAAAGUGGGUGAUGAAGAGAUGGAUAUUUAUGUCGAAGAGGAGAGGGACCUUGGAGAAUUUGGAGGUGAUGACAUCGGAGGAAUGGUGUAUGAAGAUGAUGUGGAUGAAGAAGCUGAUGGAAAAUGCCAAUGUCAUGCAGCUGAAAGAAAUGCUGCAUUGUUGAUCACUAGAACCAUUGUAAUGAUUAGCAUAUGCCUUCAGACCUCUAAUGCACAGUGCAACCUACUACAAGGAUGGCUCGGGUUCUUUAUGAGGUCAGUGUGUGUCCCUGAGAAAGUUGUUGAAGUCUUUGCCCAUGCAGGUUCGUCAAUUAGCUUGACAUCAAUACACAAUGCUGUCUUGUCAAUAUCCAAAGAGAUCAGUAGCAAAAUCAAGUGUGAGGUCAGGACAUUACAAGCUGGAUUCGCAUACAACAAUUUCGACAUCCAAUUCAAAGCCACCCAGCCUAUGCUGGAACACCAAGGGUCUUUUGUCAGUGCGACAUCAGCAACCGUCAUUCCUCUAUAUGGCAUCAAUAACAAUAAUGCCGAUGCUUUGCAAUCCUCAGUGCAGCUCUGGGAUCGGGAUUCACACAAUCCAUCACCAUCGGUACUACCUGUGAUGAUGGAGUGGAAAAGCUUCCUUCAAUUGCACAAAAAUGAUGCUUACAGUCGUCAAACACAUCCCAAUAAACUGAGCCCUUGCCAGGAAGCAUUUUCAUGGCACGUUCGUGCCAUUCUUGUCAACCAGGUUGAAGGAUUCAAGCACUUCACAAAAGAGCUGAAUGAGCCUGAUACAGUCAAAAGAAUCCCUUUGCACAAAACAACUCAAAUACCUUGUCAGGCAAUGGAUAUCAAGCAAUCCACACCAGAUGGGAAUAUCGAAGUUCUCAAUAGCUUGUUUAGACAAGGAGGCAUCAGCGAUCCUUGUGAGAGUGAGUUUGAUGUGGAGCACGAUGUGGACAUGUUGGAGCACAUCAUACUGAUCCAUGGUAACCUUUUGACGAAGGAGUGA